AUGAUACCAAAUAUAUUCGCCCGUAGAGAACCAACACUAUUGGAGCUUCUCAAAAAUACCCUGGAGAGACUUGAGACAUCCCGAACUAAUUUUAGAGAAUGCUGGACUGAUCAGGGAAUAGUUUUCUUCACUAUCGGAGUUUUGUGCGCUUUCCUUCAAACCGGUCCGGCAUACAAUCGAUCGAUAAUUACUGGUUACUCCUCGAUCUCAUGCUUUGCGUUCUGUUUCUUCAUACAUUCAUAUGUGAAUUGGUGUGGUCAUAUCACCGACAUUCGGGAACACUUCAAGUUUAUACAAAGUAUCUCACGGAAUCCUCGGAAACGGGCUGGAAUUGAAGAAGUGCGACGAAUCAUCAAAGAACAGAGUAGUCGGAAAAAUGUGAAUGACAUCAUCUACAUCCUUCUCCACCUUCUUAGUUUCAUCGCACUCACUUUGACGUCGAUCGGAAUAAUUCGUCUCAGAAUUGCGCUAGAUUUGCGUUUUGUCGAUGUCCCGUUUCUCAUCAUCUACUUCUUAUUCUUCAUCGGUUUCUCUUUGGCUGCUUUAACAAUGGCUAUCAAGAAUUGGAGAUUGUUCGAGGAAAUCAAGAAAAUGAUACCAAAUAUAUUCGCCCGUAGAGAACCAACACGAUUGGAGCUUCUCACAAAUGACCUGGAGAGAAUUGAGACGGCCCGAACCAAAUUUAGAGAAUGCUGGACUCUUCAGGGAUUAAUUUUCUUCACUAUCGGAGUAUUGUGCUCUUUCUAUCAAACUGGUCCGUCAUACAAUAAAUCGAUAGUUCUUGGUUACGGGUGGAUUAUAUGCACUUUUUGUCAUUUCUUCAUACAGUCAUAUGUGAAUUGGUGUAGACAUAUCAGCGAUGUUCGGGACUGCUUCGACCGUAUAGAAAGACUCUCACAGUGUACUCGGACUGUUGUGAUUGAAGAAGUACGACAAUGCAUCGAAGACCAAAGAUGUCGUAAAAAUGGGAAUGACAUCAUCUACAUCCUUUUUCACAUUGUUUAUUUCAUCGGACUCACUUUGGCGUCGAUCGGAUUAAUUUAUGCGAGAAUUGCGUUGGAUCUGCCCCCUGGCGAUGUCCUUGUUCAAAUCAUCUUCUUCCCAUUCUGCAUUGUUCCCGCUUUGGUUGCUUUAACAAUGACCAUCAAGAAUUGGAGAACGUUCGAACGUGCCAAGAAGAACCUAAUGGAAACUUGCUAG